GCUUGGCGUGCAGGAGAGAGAUGGCGGAUGCAGCGGCUACGCUCGAGUAUGACGAGGCUGAUGUGGCCAUGGAUGUGGAAGGAGGAAGCGGAGGUGCAACAGGGGCAUGGGGCCAGCUGCACUCGCUCAACCAUGCCUAUCCCUCCAUUGACUUGACCGAUGGCGAGGUGACCUUUGGCAGGGCUUCCAUCUGCACCCACCAGUUCGACGUCAACCUCAUCUCCGGCACGCACUGCAAGCUCCACAAGGACCCCACAGGCGCCGUGAUUGUCGAGGACAAGUCAUCGAACGGGACAUUCAUCAACGGGAAGAAGAUCGGACGGAACAAGACGGCAUUGAUCAAGCAGGGCGACAGGCUGCAGUUUCUGCUGAAGCAGAAGAACAUGGAGCCGAUCGAGUAUGUGUUCAAGCUAGUGGCCGGGUCUGUGGAUGCGGGGACACACUCGUUUGUGGAGGAGAGGUACGACCUGGAGCGAGUGCUGGGGAAGGGCAACUUUGCCGAGGUCCGGCUCGGCCUCUCGCGGCGGAGCGGGGAAAAGUACGCGGUGAAGAUUGUGGACAAGACCAAGUUCCUAUCGCUGCAGCAGCGGGCGGGCGCACUGCUCGACGAGGUCAACAUCCUCAAGUUCCUCUCCCACCCCAACAUUGUGUCGCUCGAGGAGACGUUUGAGACGGAGAAGCACCUGUAUCUGGUGCUGGAGCUUGUGAGCGGCGGCGAGCUCUUUGACGUCAUUGUCAACGCCGAGCGGCUGUCCGAGGCGCUCUCGCGCAAGCUGUUUGUGCAGAUGCUCGACGCUGUGGCGUAUCUCCAUGAGCAGGGCAUUGCGCACCGCGACCUCAAGCCGGAGAACAUUCUCAUCGGCGAGGGCGACGUGGUCAAAAUCUCUGACUUUGGCCUCUCGCGCAUCACGUCGAAGAGCUCGGUCAUGGGCACGGUGUGUGGGACGCCUCAGUACCUCGCGCCCGAGAUUCUCAAGUCGAAGGAGCACAACGACGGGUACAACGUUGCCGUCGACAUGUGGUCGCUCGGUGUCAUUCUCUAUGUCAUGCUCUCGGGCAUGCUCCCCUUUGACGACAACCUGCCCAUGUCGGUGUUUGAGCAGAUCCAGCGCGGCCUGUACUCGUUCCCGGACACGUUCUGGUCGUCGGUCUCCGAGUCGGCCAAGGACCUCUGCCGGCGGUUGAUGCAAGUCGAGCCGAGCGCCCGCUGGACGGCCAAGCAGGCGCGCGCCCACCCGUGGUGUGUCGACAAGUCGCUCACCGCCACGCCGAUCCCGAUCGCGGACACCUUUGCCUCUGUCCGCACCGAGCCGGUCCCCCGGUACCGCGGUCACGCGACGCUCCGCGUCAUGAUCAAGGCGGCCAUCAUGGAGCUUGCCGAGCCGCGCGGCUCGGCGCCCGACGACAUCGCCGCGUUUGUCUCGGCCAACUACGCCGACGCCGAGACGACCGGUGACGCCCUGAAGCCCAAGCUGGACGGCCUAGUCGCUGAUGGCGUUCUCGCUGCUGCCGCUGGUGGCAAGUACAAGCUUAAGAUGGGCAAGCGCAGCCGCGGCCGCAGGCGGUAG